AUGGAAAAAUAUUCUUAAAUUGUUGAAGAAGAGGAAGAAGAUGCUUAUUAAGAAGAAGAGGAGGAAUUAUAUGAGGAAGAUAAAGAAGAGAGUGAAGAUGAUGAAUUAUAAUUUAUUUAGGAACCUAUGAGAUUGCAUUAAUUUUUGAACGAAGACCAUUCAUUAUAGGAAGAAACUGAUAAUUUACCUUAUAUUAAUUGUGUUGAGGAUUAUGACUAAAAUGAAUUUCAAGUUUAUCAAAAUGCAAAAAGUCCUGAUAAAUAACUAAAAAAUUUUUAGACAAACACUAAUCCAAUUUAAAUACAUCGUUAAAAAAGUUUAAAACCCAUAAAUAGCACUAAUGAAGAUAACACCAAAACUUAUAAAAGCUAAUUUGCUAAAUAAUCGAGUGCUAAUUCAAUUAAUAUAACAAAAACUACUCAAAUUUCAUAAAAUGCUAAUAUCAGCAACAUCAAUACAGACGAGGUAGGUUUUAAAAGGCCUAAAACAGCAAAUAACAUUUAAAUAAACACAAAGUUAAUACCUGAGAAACAGUUUUAGCAGCCUAAAUAUAUAAUAAACAAAAUGAAUGUACCCAAAGAAACUUAUUAUGCAUAUAGAUCUCUUUCUCCAACAAAGAACGACAGUAAAGAGAAGUCAUCAUAAUUAAAUAUUACAAGCCCUUAGUUUUUAUUUACAGCUAUUUAAAACAAUAGCUCUCUGCAAUUAUAAAAACUAGCACAAAUUGGCUUAUUAGAUGCUAGUAGUAUUUAAUAGAUUGAUGACUAAAAACAAAAUAUAUUAGAAAUAGAUUAAAAAGUACUUUUUUUAAACAACACUGGAAAAAAAAUAAAAUAACAGAACUAGAAUAACUUUUACAAAAAAGAUAAUAAUAUAAACAAUUCCAUAAUUUCUAAUUUUUAAACAAAAUUUACUACAAGUAAAAUAUCACAUCAUGCUAAAUUUAAAACUGAAAGAAGCAGUUCUCACUCACCUUCUAAGUAAAUCAAAAAGCAGAGCCUCCCACAUAGACUCAUUUAGGUAGUAUAGCUUUAAGACAGAUUAAAUCCUCUUAAUAACUUGGUUGAUAAAGAUAAAAAUUAACAAAAAUAAUAAAGCUUUGAGAUAGAAAAAUCAGCUUCACCUGCUUCUAAAAUUGAAGAAAAAUAUAUGAAAGCUAUGAAAAGUAUAGAAAAAGCUUAUCAACUUCAUGAGUUAGCUCCAAAAAAGAAUGAUAUUUCUUUUAACAAUUAAUAUUUCACUAUUAUAAGGUAUACAUAAUAACUUAAAACUCCUAUAGAAAUCUUAGAUUAAGAUUUUAUACAUUGUAGUAUGUAUGCUUUAUCUUACAAUGCUUAUUUUAUCCCUAUUACAAAAAGGCAGUUUCCUUAUAUUUUUGAACUUGUACUUGAGAAUGGAGAGGUCGAAGCAUAUGUUAGCAAAUCAGAGAAUCCUAAUAUUGAAAAUAAUGACUUUUUAUUUGUGAAUUUCGACAUACCAAUCAAAAUAAAUUACCAAAAAAAUGAAAUUAAAGAAGGGAUAUUUUUGAAUAUAUUUUGCAGAAAAUAAAGCACUUUUCGCUUUAGAGUGGUUUCAGAAUCAAACUCUGUAAAAAUGAUAAAUGGAAUUUCUACUGUUAAUAGAGUAUCUCUUAAUAAAAAUGAGAGCAAAAGAAAAAAUUAUUAUACGAUGGAAUAUAAAAACUAGCUAAUUAUGGAAAAAGCAUCACAUAAUGAAUAAAAAUUGAAGUUUGAAAAAAAUAUGAAUUUUUUCGUUGUUGAAUAAUCAGUCGAAGAUUAAAAUAAAGAAGACAAUUUUUUAAAGGUAAGAUUUAAAAAUAAGACAUGCAAGAAUAUUAUAGAAUAAAACAAAGAAGGUGUUAGAAAAUAUUCUCCAAACGAGAGGAAAGAGCACUUAAAUAAGUUAAAGGAAGAAAAAUAAGUUAAAAUUGUGAAGGCUCAAUACAUUAAAAACUUGUAAAAAUACUAGGAAUUAAGCAAAGGCAUACUGAAUAUCUAAAGAAAAGCAGAGAGAAAGGAGCAACUAAUUGAUGCUGAUGGGCGUCUAGAGAGCGAAGUGAGGCUGCUUAAGCAGUGCUUUUAAUAUAGAUGGCUGCAGCUAUUUGUUUUAAUUUAAAUAGUUAAAGUAUUUAGCUAUUUUAUUAAAGCAUAUAAGGUGAAAGAAGCUAGAAAUCUUAAUCAAACCAAUCCAAUGAUCAGUUUAAAUAGAUUAAUGAAUGGAUAUUUAUGUAGAAAACUUGGUAAAACAAAAGAUGAGAGAACAUUUUCUCGUGUUUACUACUGCUUAAAGACUAGAGUAAAAGCCUUCAAAAAAUUAAUGAAACACAAUUCUUAAUUAGUAGCAGGGGAAUAUAUGAAAUAAAAGAUAAAAAUAAUGAUUAUUUAAUCAAAAAUGAUGGUUUACUAUAAGCAUAUUGUCACAAUAUAGAGAUCUUACAGAAAUCUACUCAGAAUAAGAGAUGUUAUGAACGAAGUUAAUAUUAAGCAUUGGGAUAUUACUAUUAAAAGCAUGCUUGAAGAUGAAUCAAAAUUUUUUGACAAAUCUUGGAUUGCAAAACCAAUAUUGGUAGACUAUAAGAGAAGAAUAGAAAAAAAUAAAGUGAAAACUUUAGCUCAUUUUGUCAAAGGUGUGCAGUCUUAAUACUUUUCUAAAUUAAAACAAUACUAAACAAAACUAAGAAAAUUACCUUAUUCUUACCAAAUUGCAUAUCAGUUUUGUGGCAAAGCUUUUAAGACAUAUUUUGAAAAGUAGUAUGCAAAGUAGAUCAAUGAAGGGUUUCAGAUGAGUAUAAAAAAAACAACAGAAUAUUUAAUAGAGGCAUUAAAAUUUAUGGUAAAGCAUAAUAUUUAUCAAAUCGUAAACAACCCGAUUAUUGCAUAUGAAAAAGAAAAGUAGAAACAGUUAGAAGCCUAAAAGAAAAAGAACAUUGAAAGCCUAAGAUAAAAAGAAAUUCAGUUGCAGAAAUAACGAGAAGAAGAAUAUCUACUGUAAAAAAUGUAGAGAAAUCCUAAAAAGUCAACUUUAAUUUAAAACUAAGAUAAUGAAAGUGGAUAAAGCAGCUCAAGCUAAGAAUCUAUAGAAGAAGGUUAAAAACAUGAUUAAAGCAUGAAAAAAGACAAUAAGUUAAAAUUAAAGAAGCACUGUAAUUAAAUUGAGCAAAGUCCUCUUUCUUUUUAAGAUUAUCUAUAAAUCGAAGAGAAAAAAAUUGAAGAAAAUAAUGCUAGAAGGGUUUCUAAAAUAAAACUCACUACUUAGUUUAGCAAAGGAGAUGCUUAGAGUCCAAUUAAAAAUUUAGAACUUGUGUCAAGUGGGAAAAAAUAAUUACAUCUAAUAAAUAAAAUAGCAAGUUCUUCAUUAAAUGUGGUAAAUGCAGAAGAAAUAGGUAGCGCUGAAGAAGUUGAUUUUACUCCAAGGCAUGGCUAAGCUAAUUAAAAAAAUCAUUUAGCGAAACCUUUUGCAAAAAAUCAUGAUGAUAUUAAUUCCCAAAGAUUAUCUGGAUUUAAGAAAGAAAGACUGAACAGUCUCCACAAAUAAGAUUAAAUUCAUCAUAUCACAUAAAAUGUUGAAAAGAAAAAUAGUAUUCUCAAAAAGCAUAAUAAAAAGCAAGUUAAGAAAAUCUAAGAUAUCGAAUAAAAAGAAGAGAAUGAUAAUGAAGAUGUAGAAGAAGAAGAUGAGUAUGAAGAAAAUGAAAACUCUAAUGAUGAAGGAGACAAUACCUCAUAUAAUAAGAGCACAAUUAAAAGACAUAAUCAAAAAAAAUAAAGUAUAAAUUCUUAAAAUUUAAAUUCAAAAGAAGAGGAAGAUGAUGAAGAAUAAAAUUCUAAAUUAGUAUUUGAAUUAACUGGUUAGCAAUAAGCUACUUCCUUUAAAAGGACUGAAACAAAAUAAUAAAGUUAUAAAGGAGUGCUGAAAAGUAAUCUUUCAAGCAGUGGGAGCUAAUAAAGUAUUCAAAGCUAAUCAUAAAUAUCUAACUCUAAUGUCAGUAGUUCCAGUAAUUUAAAUACAUAAAAUAAUUUAAGUCUCACCAAGCAAUAAAUUAGUCAAGCAGAAUUGCAAUCUUCCCAGUUUUACUUAAGCAAAGAUUAGUAAAAUUCUAGUUUAUUGCAAUCAGGCUUAGCCGCUAAUCGUCCAAAUAAAAACCAAAAAUAAAAGAAGAAAAAAUAAAAAAAGAAAAGAGUUGAAACAAAAGAAGAAAACAAGUUAGAAGAAAUUAAGGAAGGUGAUGAAGCAAUUUAAACUUUCUGGGCAAAUUUUAUUCACUAUCCAAUAUUCACAAGUUUUCCAAACAUUACUGAAAUGAAGGAGCUGAUUAUAAAGUUAUUAAAAAAGCUUUGA